AUGGGUUACAAGGCCUGUGUCGUGUCCAACUUCGAGCAGAGCCUUGCCGACAUGGCGCAACGCCUUCAAAGCCUCACCGUUUCGGCUGCGGAAAAAGAUUCGGAAUUGCGAGAGCUUCGGCAAAUAAUCGAAUCCAUGUGUCAAGAGGGCAUCACCGCCUCCGUGACUUCCCCUUCUUUGCGCGACGAAGGGGCCGAGUCGGGACUGCGCAACCCCGCCUCGAAGCACAACGACGGCAGCGCGAUUCCCGCAGUCCCAAGGUCUGCGACCCGAAAAGGCGGCUGGCUGCGAAGUUCAUUCGAUAGAGCUUUUCGAAGGCGUGGAUCCCAGUCAUCGCUGACAGGCGACACUAACCAAGGCGACAGCCAUUAUGGAAGCCAAAGCAAGCUGCCUCCACCCCCGAUAUCUGCUUGGAACACGCCAGAGCAUCGACCGUCUCAUCGCGGAGCUGGAAGUUGGGGCGGCGAAAACGCUGGCAACCUGAUGCUGGUUGACUUUAGUUACCUCCCUUCGUUCAGUCGCCAGCUUAGAUGUCUACGCAAGAACUUUGUUCGCGCCUCCUCCGUUUCAGGCGACGUCGGCAGGUCACCGGAGCACCAGGCACCGCGCCCCGUCAACAGGCAAGUUCCGCUGAGGGUCUCUUCGCGAAUAACACCACCACCUCCACCACCUCACUUUUGA